GUCAAAGCCCUGCCAGCAGGAACUCAGUGCAGCUUGGCUGUGCUGCAGGACACAGCCCAACAGCCCAGCCUCAGCAAAACAAUCCAGAUUGGACUGAGAGGUGCCCACAGCUCUGUCUGGAGAUGAUGUGCUAAGAAGGAAACGCAGAAGUUCACAAAGGAUAAUUUUUGGUGAAUGAGAAGGGCAAACAGGAGCAUUGUUGGUCACCUUCAGCCAGAAUGUUGUCUUACAUCUGCCUGAACUGGGUUCUCCUGGUGCUAUUCACAGGCUCCACAGUAUCGGAAUUAGUUGUGAUAGGAGAGGUUGGUCAGGACGUCACUGUGCCCUGCCACUACAGUGUGGGGGACAGAAAUGGUAUCACAUCCAUGUGCUGGGGUCGGGACAGGUGCCCCAGCUCAAAGUGCUCCCGGCCCAUUAUCUGGACAGAUGGCUGGAGGGUGACAGAGCAGCACAGCAGCAGGUACCAGUUGAAAGGGGACCUGCACAGCGGGGACGUGUCCCUGACGAUCGUGAGCGCCAGGGAAGCAGACUCUGGGAUCUAUUGCUGCCGUGUGGAGCUCCCAGGCUGGUUCAACGAUCAAUUAAUUAAUCACAAAGUUGUGGUAAAGAAAGCAACGAUCUCUACUGCAAGUCCUCACACUUACACCUCUGAACAGACCUCAGCUCCUGGCAGCACCAGUGAAUCCUCCUUUACUAGCACAAGGACCUGGCCAUCGGUUUCUGCUUCAGAAGCUCCUCAGACUGCCUCUACUCCCUGCUCAGAACUCUCAGACUGCUUGGAUGGGACUACAAACGUGCAGAACACGUCUGUAUCGCUGCCCAGUCAGCAGCACCCAGAACGUGGGCUGUACAUUGGGGUUGGCUCCUGUGCAGCACUUCUGCUCAUCCUGAUUUUGGCUCUGUUCCUCACUAAACAAUAUUUUUACAACACAAAGAAGAUGGGUGGUUCUGCAGGCUUUGUUGUAUUUCAGAGGCCACAAGGUGCAGGGAGCCAUACUGCCCUGGAAGAUGAGAGUCAUGCAGAGGAAAAUGUUUAUAUCAUGGACUAAGGACUGGAUGCAUGGCUGCCUUUGUCAUUGCUGGGACAUUAAAUAGUUUGCAAAAUGUUGGCUGCUCCCUCUGUUCAGCAGCUGAACGUGACUGCACUACUGAAGCAUUAUUCACAUCCUAAAAAUAAAACAAAUAAAAGCUAC